AUGGACGACGCAGAGGCUCAGGCGAAGCAGUCGAUGCCCGCACAGGACCACUGGAAGACGAAGGCGCCAUACAAGGUCCACGACCCUCAGGAUAACUUCAAGGUCAGAUAUGAGGCAAGCUGUCAUUGCGGGAAAGUGAAAUACCAGCUUUCUCGCGAUGAGCCGUUGGACAGCAAGUUGUGCCAUUGCACUACUUGCCAGACGCAGCAUGCUGCUCCUUUCCAAUGGGCCGCCAUCUUCCACAAGGAUGACAUCAACUUCACUCACGGUCAUCAUGACUUGGAGUGGUAUGAUCCCACUGAGAAGUCGAUCGAGCACAAGCUCCCCUGCAAGGUCCGCUGCAACUUCUGUCAUUCGCCCAUCAUGGACGAGGGCCGAAACAUGAUUCUGUUGUUCCCCACUUUGGUGCAUUUCAAGACCGAUCAGGACAAGAAGAACUUCAAGCCUAGAUGUCAUAUGUUUUACGGCCAGCGUGUGAUGGACAUCCCGGACGGCCUGCCCAAGUGGAGUGGAUUGAACAACAGUAGUGAUCUCAUGGAGGAUAGCCCGCCGGAGCUCGUCAAGGAGAUGGAGCGCAAGAGAGAGAAGGAGCAGCGGGAGAGAGUUGAGAAUGGUGAGAACAAAUGA